UUUAUAUGGUUAACACUCCUAAUACAACAUAACACAUUUUUAUUAGUGUAACUGGCCAGUCUACGAACGCCUACAAAGAAGUAAAACACGAGCCCUGGGUAUAUCCUAGCUGAGCGCAAGAUUGGAAUCAGAAAUAAAUAUGACCUAUUUAUUCAGCUUCUAGUCUAGCAUCAUGUCCGCCGAAAUAGUCGAAGACGAAGCCCAGUUUUACUGCAAGGCAAAGAAAUACUGGAAAAAUGUUCCUGCCACAGUGGAUGGGAUGCUGGGCGGAUACGGACAUAUAUCUACUAUUGAUCUAAACGGCUCCAAGAAAUUUCUACAAAGGUUCCUAAAGGAUGGGCCACACCGGAUUGGUACCGCUAACGCCUUAGACUGUGGUGCCGGCAUUGGCAGGAUAACCAAGCGGCUGUUGUUACCGCUCUUUAAAACGGUGGACAUGGUAGAUGUGACUGAUGACUUUCUGAACAAGGCAAAGAACUACCUGGGAGAAGACGGGAAAAGAAUAGGGAACUUUUAUUGCUGCGGCCUGCAGGAUUUUAGCCCAGAGCCAAACCGCUAUGAUCUUAUCUGGAUCCAGUGGGUCAUAGGGCAUCUGACAGACUGCCAUCUAGAGGCCUUCUUGAAGAGAUGCAAAGUGGGUCUGCGCCAGAGUGGCAUCAUCGUGAUCAAGGACAACAUAACCCAGGAAGGUGUCAUCAUGGAUGACGUGGACAGUAGCAUCUGCAGGGAUAUGGAUGUCGUCCGUCGGCUAAUCCGACAAGCCGGCCUCUCUGUUGUGGCCCAAGAAAAACAAGAGAAUUUCCCAGAUGAAAUCUACAGUGUUUUUUCCAUCGCCAUGAGAUAAGCUAUGGUAGUAAAUGAUUCCCAGCAGUUUUUGUGCUGAGCACUGACUGUUGCCUUUUGCCAGAUAAUAGACUGACUUGCAGGACUCGGGGUACAAAACACCCAGAGUGAUAAGCAACAAAUGAGAACUGGCAGUUGUCUUAAAUGAUUCAGCAGAAGAUCUAAUAAAGGCCAAACCAGACAAAAUACUGAGUAAAAUGUGUGCUCACAAUGUAUUAGGGCAGAGUAAUGGCUAAUGCAAACCUCAGUCGUUCCAUAAACCGUCUAACCUCAAGGGGUCUCAACAUAACCCAACAAGAGCCACCAGCCCAUCCUCGAUCUUAUGGAUGUUUGUUGUUUACAAGAGGCAUGAGCAGAGGAAUGGCUAAUUCAAACCUCAGUCGUUCCAUAAACCGUCUAACCUCAAGGUCUCUCAACAUAACCCAACAAGAGCCACCAGCCCAUCCUCGAUCUUAUGGAUGUUUGUGGUUUACAAGAGGCAUGAGCAGAGGAAUGGCUAAUUCAAACCUCAGUCAUUCCAUAAACCUCCUAACCUCAAGGUCUCUCAACAUAACCCAACAAGAGCCACCUUCCCAUCCUCGAUCUUAUGGAUGUUUGUGGUUUACAAGAGGCAUGAGCAGAGGAAUGGCUAAUUCAAACCUCAGUCGUUCCAUAAACCGUCUAACCUCAAGGGGUCUCAACAUAACCCAACAAGAGCCACCAGCCCAUCCUCGAUCUUAUGGAUGUUUGUGGUUUACAAGAGGCAUGAGCAGAGGAAUGGCUAAUUCAAACCUCAGUCAUUCCAUAAACCUCCUAACCUCAAGGUCUCUCAACAUAACCCAACAAGAGCCACCUUCCCAUCCUCGAUCUUAUGGAUGUUUGUGGUUUACAAGAGGCAUGAGCAGAGGAAUGGCUAAUUCAAACCUCAGUCGUUCCAUAAACCGUCUAACCUCAAGGGGUCUCAACAUAACCCAACAAGAGCCACCAGCCCAUCCUCGAUCUUAUGAAUGUUUGUGGUUUACAAGAGGCUGAUUUUGUUUGCCAAAAAGAUGUGUGCUAAAAACAUGACUCUGGGCAGUAAAUGCUUCGUAUGUGGCGGUCAGUGGUGGAAACAAAGAUGGAACCAUCUCAUGACCCUGAAACCCUAAACCAUUUAAAAGCAUUAAUCCUAGAGUGCAAUGGAUGCAAAAUAUUUUAAUAUAAUAAAUUAUUUUGUUCUAAAGUAAAA